AUGAGCCAAAUCCCGCUGGUUUCACAGUACGACCCCUACGCCCAGACCGCCCAACUGCAGCAGCUGCAGCAGCAACAGCAGCAACUGCAGCAGUCGCAGAUGAACCCGGAGCCCGAUGUGCUGCGCAACCUCAUGGUGAACUACAUUCCCACGACGGUGGACGAGGUACAGCUGCGGCAGCUGUUCGAACGCUAUGGGCCCAUUGAGUCGGUCAAGAUUGUCUGCGACCGUGAGACGCGGCAGAGCCGUGGCUACGGAUUUGUGAAGUUUCAGAGUGCUUCGAGUGCCCAACAGGCGAUCGCCGGGUUGAACGGCUUCAGCAUUCUCAACAAGCGGUUGAAGGUAGCUUUGGCGGCGAGUGGACAUCAGCGGUCUGGCGUUGCGGGAGCAGUUGCAGACAGCAACGGAUACCUUGGCGCUUACGGCGGCUAUGGGGCCUACCCUUCCGCCGCAAACCCCUACGCGCAGCAGCAGAUGAUGGCGAUGUAUCAGCAGUACAUGAUGCAGGCGCCGCAGCAACAGCCACAUCAGAGUCAGCAACAGCAGAUGCCGCUGUCUACCCAGUCUCCCACGCAGCAGUCCCCGCCGCAGCAGCAGCAGCCGCAGCAGCCUCCUUCGCCGCAGCAGCAGCCCCAAGCUGCCCGACCUGCUCGAAGGUAA